AUGGAAGAGAGGCGGGAGACACGAGACGUAGAGGCGCUGAACUUUAUGAAAAUGUUCUGUGAAAACUUUCUCAGUCGCUGCUCUGAGUGUGAAAGUCCAGGACCACCUGAGGACGCAGGAGUCCAGCUGAAGGUCAGGAACAGACCACCUGAAUGACACCCUGCUGAAAAACACAAACACCAUCGAGUUUGUGCCGUUUCCUCGAAGCGAUCUGAGCUGUCGGUUUAAGGGGGAAAUGGAGACCCCCCACUGUUACAGGGGAAGAAGGUUUACUUCUAACCAGACAGAAGGAAACUAACACAGCGCAGCCUGAAGUCGACCAGGAGAACUGGUUCCUCUGACGUGUCAUUAAAGUUGAUCAUGUUGAAUUUAAUGAUGGAUGAUCUGAACUCUGAGGACACAGACGCAGCUUUGUUUUCUUACAGGUUUAACAUUUGUCAGUGGGCUUCAAAUCGUCUUCAUUUAUAACUUCUAUAAAUCCUCUUUUCAUUAAUUAUCAUCGACAGAAAGUUCGUUGUUCGUCACGUCAUUAUGGUGGAACAUAAAUGUCAGACAGAUUUCAGUCUUCAGACGAUUUCUUGUUUCUGUUUUUAAUCCUGACCUGGAGGAACAAACGUGUCCUGACUCAUUCUCACCUCGUUUCCCCCUCACACACACACACACACACACACACACACACACACACACACACACACACACACACACACACACACACACACACACACACACACACGUCUGUGACCGAUGAGAUUAACAUCCCAUAAUUUCAGCAGGAUCACCGUGAAGAAGAAGAAACUCUCUCUCACAUUCCUCCAUCUCUGUUCCUCUCAGUUCUUCUCCAUGAUGGAAACCAUGACCUGCUGUCCUUCCACAGACCUCCUCAGACCAGGUGUGUCUCUCCCAGCAGUCACUUCACCUUCACUGUUAACUACCCAUCAGCACAGAUGAACGUGUGAAUACUUAAAUAACGUCUGAAUACCUGAUAAAAUCUCGAUGAACGUCUGAAUACUUGAUGAACGUGUGAAUCCUUGAUCUUGAAUCUCUGACCUGCAGCUGCAGAAUAAAAAGAUCUGAGGAGGAUUUUUAAUUAUUUUUUUUCACUUCCUGUUUGUUUGUUUUUUGGUUUAAACUUCGUUUUUAUCGUUUUCGACCAGCAGCUGCACAGACGUUCACAGACGCUCACAGACGCUCACAGACGCUCUCGUUUGUGUUUGAUCCCAGCGGCGUGCAGAGGCGUUUGGAUAAAUGACUGAGUGAGUGAUGAUGGCACCGACUCUGAGCGGCUUCUCAGUCCCUCACGUCUCUGCAUCAACCCGAAGAGGAACUGAACGGGUUUUUCUUUAGAUCACAGGAACCGGAGCCGCCGUGAGUCACCCUUAAACCGCCAUGACUCACAGCUGACGGUUAAUUGGCCGAGCCGUGUGGCUGUGAAACUCGUUAUUCUGCAGGAGGAGGAGGAGGAGGAGGAGGAGGAGGAGGGAAACUGUUUUUAAAAACCUGGAACCUCACUGAGGAGGAGGGUGAGGAGGGUCCUGGUCUGCAGACGGACUGA